CUUUGGGCUAACACAUACAAACAGUUUGAUGCUGGAGCAGGCCUUAUGAUUCUGAUAAUAUAAGUCCAGCCUGUUCUGAUGUAGCCUGUGUAUGGGAAUUAAUAUUUUUUCCUUCCCAUAUUAUGACCCCGUCCUUCUCUUUUAAUAUGUAUGCGCAAAUGAUGCGCAGCGUAGAAGUUCUCAUUAGCGAAAUCUGACACUGGCUGUAACCACACGUCGCAAGUCCGGGGUUUUCGUAGCAGCUGGAUGGCUAGCUGUCUAGCUUGGCAUCUGGAAGCUGUGACAUUGAAGAGGAGGGAAGACAGCAUUGAAGACAAGGUGCCACAUGGAGGAUUUACUAGCGAUCUAAUUACAUUAUUAUCAAAGCUAGCUAUGCUACCGGCAUUUUGAUGAACACAGCUACCGUUAGUUAACUACCACGCAUAUUUUGUGUGACCGCGAACGUGAGUUGCGUCUGAAAACAAACUUCCAGGACCAAACUAACAUUUUCUCAUGACAGCAAUAUCAACAUAGCAUGACUACUACUAGCCUAGGCCCUAGCACUCCCUCGCCGGUUAAACGUCCCGGUAGACAGCUGUCAUCCGGGACUUUCCUUGGGUAAAACGUCUGGACGGUCCGUGUAUAUACCAAUAGUUACCACCCGUAGCUAAAUAUAUAUUGGUGAGAAUGGAUUCCUCAUCGAGCUUCGGGAGUGACGAGCAGUGCUUGGCAACUGUAAGAGGACAGGAGGUAAGGCUUUCCGGUCAGAAGGAGCCCAGGCUACUGUCACUGAUUGAGUUCUCUGGGGAGUUUAUGUUAGGUGUUUUGGCUAACCCUGAUACUGUUGUGUCCUGUCCAGUAUAUCAGUUGUCCAUACCCAUCAACAGUCAUUUUCAGAUUGUGCGAGAGGUCGAAGAAGCGCUGCUCAUUGACUUGCCAUCAAAAACUUGCAUUAGGAUACGGGUCAGAGGGGAGAAAGCCCUGGAGCUGAUUCUGGAGCUCCAGGAUGAUGAGCGCAGCCAGUCCUUCUUCUCCCAGUUGAAGAGAGCCAAGCAGCAAGUCGAGUCCAAAAGCACGCAAAUCAAAGCGAUGGAUCCUAUCAUGCCGGCUCCCUGCAAAGUCUCUGCCCCAGUCCCACCCAUCCCUCCUCAGAGAGGGAUCCACAAAGCUGUCAACUCUCACACCAAGCCCACCGGCAUACCGCCACCGCCUCCCAACCUCAACAACAGCUCUUCAGCCAACCAGACCGGCACAGCUGACAGACAGGACCCAGCUCUUUCUCUGGCCAUAGACUUUGGCUUCGAGGACAACUUCAAUCAUUCCCUCAAAGUGGAGGAGAAGAAGAACCAGCAGAAUGGCAUCGGGCCCCCCCGGGAAGCUCCUCCAGUUCCCCCUCUGCCUCCCCGUAAAGGCUCCUACACUCCCUCCAAUCCUCUCCCACCCACGCCCAUCCCCCCUUCCAAAGACAGAGUUUCGUCCAUACAGGCUAAAGAUGCCGCCUUCAUCACGCCUGCCAAAACAGAUCUUAGUGUUGACCGGCCCACCUCGUGGAGUGACAGCCCCACCACCAACAGCAUGCGGAACGCCAUGUUCUCCACUCAGGCCAGCCAGAGAGAGUACCUCAUCAAACACCGCCUGGCCAAGAAGGAGGAGGAGUACGUAGACAUCAAGGACUUCAGAUUAUUUUCUGGAACAUGGAAUGUGAAUGGCCAGUCUCCAGACAGCAGUCUAGAGCCCUGGCUGUGUUGUUCGCUAGAACCCCCUGACGUCUACGCUCUGGGUUUCCAGGAGCUGGACCUGAGCACGGAGGCCUUCUUCUAUCUUGACUCCUCUAAGGAGCAGCUGUGGGUGGAGGCUGUGGAGAGAAGUCUCCACCCCAAAGCCAAGUACAAGAUGGUGCGUACCAUCCGACUAGUGGGCAUGAUGCUGGUGGUGUUUGUCAACAAGGUGCACAAGAAUCACAUUAAAGAGGUUGCGGCGGAGCACGUGGGAACUGGUAUCAUGGGAAAAAUGGGCAACAAGGGAGGUGUGGCGGUGCGCUUUGUGUUCCACAACACCAGUUUCUGCUUUGUCAACUCCCACCUGGCGGCCCACGUCGAGGACUUUGAGAGGAGGAACCAGGACUACAAAGACAUCUGUGCCCGCAUGAGCUUCCACAUGCUAGACCACCCUCCCCUCAAUAUCGUCAAACACGAUGUAGUGAUCUGGGUAGGAGAUCUGAACUACCGGUUGUUUGUGUAUGAUGCAGCUGAGGUCAAACAGCUCAUCUCCCAAAACCAACUGAGGAAACUGCAGGAGUAUGACCAGCUAAAUAUCCAGAGACAGAACAAGCGAGCUUUCACAGACUUCAUGGAGGGAGAGAUCAAUUUCAUGCCCACGUACAAGUAUGACGCCAAGACGGACCGCUGGGACUCUAGUGGGAAGUGUCGUGUCCCAGCGUGGUGCGAUCGGAUCCUGUGGAGGGGCAAUAAUGUGAAGCAGCUCCACUACAGGAGUCACAUGGAACUGAAGACCAGCGACCACAAGCCUGUCAGCUCCCUCUUCAGUGUCGGGGUGAAGGUGGUGAACGAGGCGCGCCACAAGAAAGUCUUUGAGGAGAUCGUGCGCAUGAUGGACAGGAUGGAGAACGAAUUCCUCCCGUCUCUGGCACUGACCCACAGAGAGUUCACCUUUAAGGACGUCAAGUUCCGCCAGCUGCAGCGGGAGAGUUUUGUGAUCUCUAACGACGGGCAGGUCGCCUGCCACUUUGUCUUCAUCCCCAAGCUCAACGACUUGCAGUACUGCAAGAACUGGCUCCGCGCUGAGCCCAGCGAAGGCUUCCUAGAGCCCAACGAAACUUUAGAGAUCUUCCUGGAUGUGUACGUGAGCAAGGACUCGGUGACGCUGCUCAACUUGGGAGAGGACGCCAUCGAGGACAUCCUGGUGCUGCACCUGGACCGAGGCAAGGACUAUUUCAUCACCAUCUCAGGCAACUACCUGCCCAGCUGCUUCGGUACCUCGCUGGAGACCCUGUGCCACAUAAAGAAGCCCAUCCGGGAGGUCCCCAUCACCAAGCUCAUCGACCUGGGAGAGGACAGCUACAUGGAAAAGGAGAAGUCCAGGAUGAGCUUCCUGAUGGUGGACAGUGCUGGCACGGAGGACAAGCCCUUAAAGAUUCCCAAGGAGGUGUGGCUGCUGGUGAACCACCUCUUUACUAUGUCCUGCCAGCAGGAGGACCUGUUCCAGACACCAGGCCUGCAGGAGGAGCUGCAGAGUGUCAUCGACUGCCUGGACACCAGCAUUCCUGACUCCAUCCGUAUCCUCACUCAUAUGUCCCCAGUCAUUCCUGACUCCAUCCCUGGUUGUAACCACUCGGUGGCCGAGGCCCUGUUGAUAUUUCUGGAAGCUUUGCCUGAGCCAGUGGUCUGUUACGAGCUCUACCAGCGCAGCUUGGACUGCUCCCAUGACAGCCGCCUCUGCAAACAGUUGAUCUCCCAGCUGCCCCGGGCUCACCGCAACGUCUUCCGCUACCUGAUGGCCUUCCUCAAGGAGCUGCUGAAAUAUGCCCACAACAACAACCUCACUGCCAACCUCAUAGCUACCCUCUUUGCCAGCUUGCUCAUCCGGCCCCCGCCCAACAUGGUGGGCCGACAGACAGCGCAGGACCGACAGAGAGCCAUCGACUUCAUUCUGGGCUUCCUCAUGGGAGGGGACGAGGAGUGAGGGGUCAGGGAAUCAGACAGCCUGGACCUUUUGAUGACAGACUGAGGAAUGGGGUUUUGGUGGACACAAGGUGUAUGUAUGUGUGUAAGGGACCAUGGUGGAUUGUGUUGUGGGAGAACAAACAGUGCAAUUAUAUGGGACCCAUAUCAUACUCUUAUCAAUGCCCCAGCCCCCAGCCUUUGUAGUGCUGUACUUCAGUCACUCACAACCAUCAACAUUAACCAAAUCCCAUAGUUUUCACCUCUGCUCAUUGUGUGGCUGCAGGACCAGGAGUUUAGGUGUUGGCAGCUUGGAGUGACAGUGAACAGUCAACUAACUGACGCCCCACUCCCCAGGCAACCCCUCCCCCAUGCCCCAUUCAACCCCCACUGAGGACUGUUCCGUGCCCCAUUCAACCCCCACUGAGGACUGUUCCGUGCCCCAUUCAACCCCCACCUAGGACUGUACCGUGCCCCAUUCAACCCCCACUGAGGACUGUUCCGUGCCCCAUUCAACCCCCACUGAGGACUGUUCCGUGCCCCAUUCAACCCCCACCUAGGACUGUUCCGUGCCCCAUUCAACCCCCACCGAGGACUGUUCCGUGCCCCAUUCAACCCCCAGUGAGGACUGUACCGUGCCCCAUUCAACCCCCACCUAGGACUGUUCCGUGCCCCAUUCAACCCCCAGUGAGGACUGUUCCGUGCCCCAUUCGACCCCCAGUGAGGACUGUUCCGUGCCAAAACGACUCCCUUACCUGAUUUGAAUGUGAACUCUGAAUGGAAGUACAAUAUAUAUGUAUGAACCCACAGAUACUAAGAUAAUGAUGAUCCGUUAGUACGUUACACUAAAGAUACACAUAGAGGGUCGUGCAGAAGAUUUGGAUCGCAUUCUACCUGGUGGAUACUCCUCUCAGAGUGAACGAUUCAACCCAUGGGUACGUAGUGAUAUUGGACGCAAGAGACUUCUGGUGAACACAGAGAGACUAAAUGAAUCCUUGCUUGUCCGAAAUACCGACCAAGGAAGUUUGACGUUCUUCUACAAGAUAAUGAUGACAAUCCGGAGCAGUCCUUUCUGGGAUCUGGGAGACAUAUUGGGAGAUGUGUUAGAACUGUCAGUGGGCUGUGGUUUAAACAAAUGUUAUUUAUGAUUUAUAUUUUUUCCUUACAUAACUUUGUACGAUCUUUUAGAGUUUAUUUCAACUUCAUACUUGUUUUAAGAGACCAGAUUUUGGAUAUUGUUUGACCGCCCAUGGUUGUUCAAGCCUACCUUUUGCUUCUGGCAUACUGAAACACGUGCUGUUCAAAAUCAGUGAAGGUGUGUUGGGGAUUGUGUGUAACUUAAUCUUGAGUGUUAUCGUGAGUUAGGCUGAUUUCUCCAUUCAAGUACAUUACAACUCUGAACCCAAGUCAGACUAACUUCACAGUAGAGUGAUCAGUCAUCCCUCCUGCUUGUACAGUAUAUGCUAUUCUACGGGCCAGUUUCUCAGACCCAGAUUCAUCUUAUUGGAGAGUAACAUUCUCGAUUGAGCAUGCUUUUUCUUAGUUCAAGAGUGGUUCAAUGUGGUUGUCUCACCCAGCUAUCUUAAGAUGAAUGCACUAAUUGUAAGUCGCUCUGGAUAAGAGUGUCUGCUACAUGACUAAAAUGAGUAGGCUUUUAAUCUGAGUCUGGGAAAACCCCUCCCUACAGUGUGCUACAGAACAUAACAAAGACAAACCCACUACGGCAUCGAUGUCUUAACUGUUGCAAACAGUCCCUCUCCUGUCCGCAUUGACCUCUUGUGUUUCUUUUCACUCUGCUGUCACCUCUUAAUAUGGUGGUGCAAACUGUGUGUUCAAUAUGUAUGUAUUGUUUGUUGGUCAUGCAGGUACCAUCGUUUAACUUUUCCUCAUGCUUGUUUAUAUUUUCUUUCCUCGCUUCAGCCUCGUUGUCUGCCUCGCUGUCUGCCUUCAUACUGGUUAGAGCCUCAUUGUAUUGGGCCUGUGUGCUCAGGCAACGGCCUUUUUUGUCACAGUUGAUUCAGACAAUAUAAUGCCCUGUUUUACUGUCUGAGUUUCAUCUAAAGUAGCACCCUAUACCCUAUAUAAUGCACUACUUUUGACCAGAGAGCGCUGGUCAAAAGUAGUGCGCUAUAUAGGGAAAAGGGUGCCAUUUCGGACGCACGCUAAUACUUUUUUCAGUGGCAAAGCAUUUUUUACAGUGCAGGUUGAACAGGAUUUAGAUGUUCAUUACUCCCCGCUGAGACAAAACAGUUUUUUCCCCUAAUGCUGUCGUGGAACGUGUUAUGGUUGUGAAACGAGGAACUCUAAUGCUGUGACAUUUCUACAGUGUUUCUUCCCUUUGUUUUCCACACUGUCGUCUAGUAAUGUUAGUAGUAAGGUGUCAAAACAGCUCCUGGCUGGCCUGUUGUGUGGCACGGUUGGUCUAUGACACUUGUUUCCACUGGAAACGGUUCCCGUUCUUAUGUCUCCAGUCAACUAAUCUAGCCAGAAAAGCCUGUUACUUAGUCAACAGACAUGUACUGUAAGGAUGAGCCUGGUUUCAUAUACUUUAUGUGCUGUAGCAAACCCCUCUAUGGUUGUCAUGCCACAUGUAAGGUGUGACAGCAUUGAAGAUUUGCCAACACCAAACACACUACAGGUCCAGGCUACUAUAGGUCCAGGCUACUAUAGGUCCAGGCUACUAUAGGUCCAGGCUACUAUAGGUCCAGGCUACUAUAGGUCCAGGCUACUAUAGGUCCAGGCUACUAUAGGUCCAGGCUACUAUAGGUCCAGGCUACUACAGGUCCAGGCUACUACAGGUCCAGGCUACUACAGGUCCAGGCUACUACAGAAAAGGCAUUCAACGUUUUAAUAUUGCAUAAUCUCGUAGCUAACACAAUGACAGGCUGUUAAUCAAAGCACUUAACAGUUUGGUUGUCUCUGUCAGCUCUCACCCAGAGAGGAUUUUGAGUGGAGUAGGCCCAAGUCUUGUGUAACUUCCUGACUGCAAUCAUCCGUACAGUACAUUCUAAAAUGGGCCAGAUGCGCUUGUAGCGUUCUUCAGAGUUGUCAUAGACUUAAGCGCUUAGCUUUGCCAAACCGUGAUUGGCCCUGGAUGGAUUGGUACUACCUGUUGUCUCGGACUCUAACCGAGGAGGAACAGUGAAUCUGAGAUUGUCAUCUCAUUCACAACACAAAGCUUUUACAUCAGAGACAAGGUCAACCCCAGCUGCAGAGAUAUUGUCAGAAUUUAAUAUUCAAAUUGGGAGAUCAGCCCACACUCAUGUUGUCCUAGCUGUCCCUUCAUCUGUUGUCUGUCUGUGUUUUCAUGUGAUGUCUUUUCCUGCUCUGCUCCCAUUCAUACUGUGGCUUUUGUAAUGGUCUGUUUAGUAAUAAUGCUACAUGUGCACAGCUGUUUUUGGUAUUUUUUAUUUAUUUAACUGAAAUAAAAUAAUGUAUGAAAAAAACA